AUGGUAAAGAAAAAAGUGGAUGCUCGUGUGCGGACGCUGUUAGAAAAUUGCAUUCAAGAGAAUUUCCGUUCCUUUGUAGUGCUAGUGGGUGACCAUGGAAAAGACCAGGUCAUGAACCUGCACUAUAUUCUGUCCAAGGCGGCAGUCAAGGCACGUCCACGCGUGCUGUGGUGCUACAAGAAAGAGUUGGGCUUCUCGACGCACCGUCAAAAGCGCAUGCGUCAAAUCAAGAAGCAACAGCAGCGAGGACUGUACGACCCUAGCAAGGACGAUCCGUUCGAGCUCUUUAUCGCAUCCACCGAUAUCCGUUGGUGUUACUACAAGGAGACGCACAAGGUGCUGGGCAGCACCUACGGCAUGUGUGUGCUGCAGGAUUUUGAAGCUAUCACGCCCAAUAUCAUGGCGCGAACCAUCGAAACUGUCGAGGGCGGCGGCGUCGUCGUGCUGCUACUGCGCACUAUGGACAGCCUCAAGCAGCUCUACACCAUGAGCAUGGACGUGCACGCGCGCUUCCGUACCGAGUCGCACCAAAACCUCGUCGCUCGUUUUAACGAGCGCUUUAUCCUUUCCCUGGCCUCGUGUGAACGAUGCGUUGUGCUCGAUGACGAACUCAACGUGCUACCGAUAUCCAAGCACACACGUAAAAUUGAACCGCUUCCGCCUCGUGACUCAGCGGCAGAGCUUACUAAAGACGAUCUGGAGCUACAGGAGCUCAAGACAUCACUGCGCGAAACUCAACCUGUUGGUGCACUUGUGGAGCAGGCACGCACGUUGGACCAAGCAAAGGCCAUUCUCACCUUUGUGGAAGCUGUUUCUGAGAAGACGCUACGCUCUACGGUAGCGCUGACUGCUGGACGUGGACGCGGUAAGUCGGCAGCUGUGGGAAUGGCACUGGCAGGAGCUGUGGCUUACGGAUAUAGCAAUAUCUUUGUGACGGCCCCAACUCCCGAGAACCUCAAGACUGUCUUUGAGUUCGUGUUCAAGGGUUUUGAUGCGUUAAAGUACAAGGAGCACCUUGAUUACGAAAUUGUGCAGAGCACGAAUCCGGAGUUUAAUCAUGCCGUAGUUCGGGUGAACAUCUUCCGCGAGCACCGCCAGACGAUUCAGUACAUACAACCUACACACCACGAGAAGCUUGCUCAGGCAGAACUUGUCGCUAUUGAUGAGGCUGCUGCUAUCCCGCUCCCGGUCGUCAAGAAGUUGCUGGGCCCCUACCUUGUUUUUAUGUCGUCUACCAUAAAUGGUUACGAAGGUACUGGUCGCUCGCUGUCACUGAAACUAAUACAGAAGCUGCGCGAACAGCAGGGUAGCGCUGGUGAAGCCGCAGCUCGCGCUGCUGCAAGCGUUCAUGGUGACCAAAAACGCCGCAAAGGUGAACAAAAACUGCAUGAAGAGCGUUGGCAGGCGGCAAGCAAUGCUGCUCACGCUACUGCAGCUGGAAGUGCUUCAUUUUCGGCACGUGUGCUUCGUGAGGUGUCGCUGGAGACACCUAUUCGUUACGCUCCUAAUGAUCCCGUUGAACGCUGGUUGAACGCUCUGUUAUGUCUGGAUGCGACGAACGCGUCGCAUCGUCUUGUGGCAGGCACACCUCACCCGCGUGAUUGUGAGCUGUACUACGUGAACCGCGAUUCGCUAUUCUCGUAUCACAAGCUCUCGGAGAGCUUUUUGCAGCGUAUUAUGGCGCUGUAUGUGUCGUCGCACUACAAGAACCAGCCGAAUGACCUACAGCUUCUGUCCGAUGCGCCGGCACACCACGUGUUUGCUCUUCUUGGUCCCGGCGCUGAGGCUCAGGGUAAUGCUGGCCAGUUGCCGGACGUUCUAUGUGUUGUACAGGUGGCUCUGGAGGGUGAGAUCUCAAAGGCAUCAGUGAGAGCCCAGCUGGCCCGUGGGCAGCGCGCUUCUGGAGACCUUAUUCCUUGGACGGUGGCACAGCAGUUCCAAGAUUCAGAGUUUGCAGCUCUCUCGGGUGCGCGUGUUGUGCGCAUUGCCACCCAUCCAGACGUAACUGGUAUGGGUUACGGUUCUCGUGCUAUCGACUUGCUUUCGAAAUACUACCAGGGUGAAAUUACGACGGACGUAGCUGAUGUGGAGUCGGAAGAGAAGAAGGUGGAGGUGGGGGAAGACAGACCGGAGGAUGAUAACGAUGACGAAGACGACGAGACAGAAAAGAAGGCCAAGCUUCGCAAGGAAAAGAUUAAGCCGCGCAAGAUACUCCCACCUCUUCUGCUACCGCUGGAUGAGCGUCCAUGUGAGCGCCUGCACUGGUUCGGUACAUCAUUCGGUCUGACGCUACCACUGCACAAUUUUUGGUCUCGCGCGAAGUUCCGCUCAGUUUACAUCCGACAGACAGCGAACGAGCUCACCGGCGAGCACACGGCUAUCCUGUUGCGCUCACUGCGUUGCGACGAUCUCCCUGCAGCUCCGGCAGAUGGCUGGCUUGACGAAUUUGUAGCUGACUCACGUCGUCGAUUUACGUCGCUGCUUAGUUACGACUUUGCGAAGUUCCCGUGCGCGCUUGCACUUGGGCUGCUAAGCGAUGAGGCUGUUGGCUCGACCCCCGUUUCGAACGAGGAGGAGAAGCAUAUAUCUCUUCACCGCAGCAGUACCGGAGAGAUCAGCCCAGCGGAGCUGGCGAUGGUGUUGACGCCAUACGACGCCAAGCGCCUGAAGUCCUACGGCAAGAACAUGGUGGAUUACCACAUGAUUGUAGAUCUGGUGCCCUCGCUAGCGCGUCUAUACUUCCUACAGCGCCUUCCGCAGAUGUCGCUGUCGUAUCUGCAGCGCGCUAUUCUUGUGAGCCUCGGGCUGCAGCACCAGUCUGUGGAUGUGAUUCAGCAGGAGCUGAAUGUGCCGUCCAACCAGCUUCUUGCGCUAUUUAACAAAGCUGUGCGGAAAUUUCUUGGUCAGAUUGAGCAGCUCAUGGAGAAGCAGCUGGAGCUAGAAAGUGCUAACAGCAAAAAGCUGAUGCAGGUUGCCGCACAGUCACAGGCCAUGGCGCCGACGGGGACGACGCUGGAUGAGGAAAUGCGCGAGGGUGCUAAAGAAGAGAAGGCCAAGCAGCAUCAGAAGCUUCUGGACAGCCUUAAUCUCAUGAAAUACGCAGUUCGUGGUGACGAUGCCGACUGGGAUGCAGCGCUUGCUCAGUCUGAAAGCAGCGGUGCCAUUGUGCAGGUGAAGAGCAAGAAGCAGACAAAAUCCAAGAAAGAAUCGAGAGACUCGAAUGACUUGAAGAAGCACAACAAGCGCUCAGUCGACGGGGACAGCGAGCGCAAGAAGAAUAAGAAGAGCAAGAAGAAUAAGAAGAGCUAA